AUGCACGAGAUCCAAAACGUCGCCAAAGAUUAUAUAAACGGCGAAGAGGUCAGCCAGGUCGUCGCCGCCAACAAACGACAACACAACAACACCCAACACGACAACCCGACUCCUCGGCACAACCCACCCAGAGAAGGCAUAAGGGAACACCCCAAACCAACAAACACAAAUCGACCACCCAGGAUCGGCAAAUUCUCUAAUUACAGACCCCUAACGGCCCCCAUUACCGAGAUAUACCACCAGAUAGCAGAUCGAGGCAUCAUCCCAAAAGCCCGACAACUCAAAGAAAGAACAGGCGGCAACAAAACCCUCUACUGCGACUACCACCGAGGUUACGGGCACAUGAAACAAGAUUGUUUCGACCUAAAAGACGCCCUCGAACAAGCCAUAAGAGACGGCAAGCUCCCAGAGUUCGCCAAAAUCAUCAGAGAACCAAAACGCGCAGAAAGGGACAGGUCACCUGAAAGAGAAGGACGUAAAUCAAAAUCGACACUAAAAAAGGACCUCAAAGUCCUGGCCGUCAGAGAUCAAGCCCCAUCUACCACUCCUGACAAAACGAUAAAUUUCCUACCCGAGGACUGCCAGCACGGCACCUCGGCCGAAGAUGCACCUUUCGUCAUCUCGGCAAGAAUCGGAACAGGACAAGUUCAGAGGAUACUGGUGGACACCGGUGCAGACUCCAACAUCCUCAUCCGAGGAGCCUUCGACAAGCUCGGGCACCGCAACGAAAAUCUCCAAACACACCGCAAUGGCGUCACAGGACUUGGGGACAACUUCCUCAAACCGGACGGCUCCAUCACCCUACCCCUCACCAUAGGGACAUGCAACCAAAGGAAGAUAAUUUCGUGCAAAUUUGUGGUCCUAAAAGAUUCCACCGCCUACAACGUCAUCCUUGGAAGAAAAACAAUCAAUGACUUCUCCGCCAUCAUUUUUACCAAAUAUCUCCUUAUGAAAUUUAUAUCGGAAGACGGCUCCAUCGCCACCAUCAACGGAGACCGCGAGGUCACAGCAGAAUGCAACAACAGCAGUCUAGCUUUGCGAAAGAAGUCUCACGAUGCAGCUGGAAUAUUCCUAGUCGACUUGGACGCCCGACAAGACGGCUAG